GGAUUAGAUUAAUUCUUGACAAUUUGAGUACCUCACUGGGGACUAUAUAAAGCUCAAUCGCAAAGUGUCCUCGGUCGACUUGAUCAUCAUUUGACAACAGGGCAUCAUGAUGCUGUUCCAAUUGAUACCGUUCCUUCUAGCUGCACAACUAAACGUGACAAAAAACAAUGGAUGGAAAUUCGGACCAGAAUACAAUUUUUCCGGCUUUGCGAAGAUGGUAAUUUCUCUGGAACAGGAUAUGGGAGAAGCACGUGGAACUGGUGUGUAUUUUACUUUGACGUGCCGUCCACGAGAGCCUGAGUUUCUCCGAUGUCAACUGCUAAAUACAACUAUUACUCGGCUAAAACCUGAAGGGUUCACCAUUGAUGCGGCAGAACCGGAUGCCAACGAUACUCAGAGGGUCUUCAAUAUCCUGAAGGUUCCAUUCGAAAUAAAAUUCAAUGAAAAAGGGAUUGAUACCUUUGUCACAGAAGCAGAGGACAUGCCACUUUGGAGCAUCAACCAGGUUCGGCUAAUUACUAGUCAAUUGCAUUUUGGUAUCGAUGGUCAUUACGAGCUGGGACAGACUCAUAAAAUUCAGGAGAAUUUUACAAUUGGAGAUUGCGAAGUAGAUUUUACGAUAACUGAACAACAAACGGGUCAGGAUACUCCGGGAAACAAUAAUUUCAAGUUGAAGCCUCUGGGAAACAUAGGUAAUUUCGCGGGUAAAUCGAUUCUACUGACAAAAGAAAGACAUUUUAAGAAUUGUGUCAAAUUCGUCGAACCGUUCUUCGGAUCUCGUUAUACCCUGGGAGUUUUGCUGAGAGAUGUCAUCACAAAACUGAAAACAUCAGCCAGUAGAAUUUUCAUAUCUAAUCACGAUUUUUCAUCUGAGACUAUAAACGAAAGUGACGUAUACGACCAAAAUCGUACAAAAAUAGGUAAAGUGAUAGACCACCUGAAGCUGACGUUGGAAUCAGUCACACCAGCUAAGGAGAAAAUGCAGAAAUUUUCGAAGCCAUUGGUAUGGGGUAAUCUAGGGAAUCUGUCCGGAUUAAAGGGCCCAAGCUUCUGAGGCGGGACAUCGGAAGCGAUUAUUUUAUAAUAAUAACUUAGACGUUUCACUAACUACCCAGAGUAAUGAAUUAAUUCUACUUCACUAAAACAUCUCUUACACAACAAUCAAUGAAUUUUGUGAACAAGCCAAUCAUCCGGUAAUUAAUUAAAUAAAGAGCGAUCAGUAUUCUGUC